AUGGAGACUAAAGAUGAAACAACUACACAGUUGAAUGAUUAUAGUUAUCCCCCGCCUGAAUGGACGGCUCCUCCAUCCAACACCAUCAAGAUAAAUGUUGAUGCUGCUCUUCGAAACGGACAGUACGCAAUUGCUAGAGACCAUCAAGGAAACUAUUGUGGUGCGAGCACAAAGCUUGGUUGGUCUAAUUUCCCAGUGGUCGCUGAAACAGAUGCUUUCCUUCUUGCAGCUGAAUUAGCUCAAUGGCUCAAUCUUGACUCUGUCAUAAUCGAAUUGGACUGCCAAGUGGUGGUCAAAAUCCUGAAGGGUGAAUCUCAUUCUUCUCCUUGGAGAAUCUGGAAAACAAUAGAUGACAUAAGAGUCCUGACUAGAAGAUCUUCCCAAGUGUUGUUCGAGUUUGCUCGGAGGUCUGCCAAUUCAACGGCGCACCUACUUGGUGCCUAUGCCAUCAAUAACAAAGUCCAAGAUAAAUGGACUCCCUCUCAUUGUCCCAGCUUUAUUUCCGCUCUUCUGGAUGUAUCAACUUAG